AUGCCUCCCCGGUCACCAGCCCAGGGAAAGAAGAAGCUCACGCUUGCACAGCUAGCUGCUUACGACGACAUUUUAACCGAUGCUCUGAUCGACCACACUUAUUACUGGACGACCAUUCCCAAAAAUCGCACAUCUUACCAUCCUUCCCGGGGCGUCAGAGAGGAGGAAAUCGCCAAGCUCAUCCAGACUCACCUCAUCAUCAACUCCGAUCUCAAGACUGCCGAAGAGACACUGCUUGCGACCGACGGCCUAAAGCGAUUCUACAAUGGUCUCAAAACAUCCAAGGAAAAGGAUGACUUCAAAGCCCACAUGCGGCGCUACAUGUCGAUCUACCUGCCAGAUUGCCCUUUCGAGGUCAAUGCAACCAAUCGCUACACCAUCGUCACGUAUGAGGCCAGCAUCGCAGCCCGGCGCUUCAUCAGGCGCAACGAGACGAUCAAAUACCUGGCCGGAAUCCAGGUGACAAUCACCCCCGAGGAGGAGGCAGACAUGGCAUCACGCAAAAAGGACUUUAGUCUAGUGGUCAGUAGCAGGAGCAAGUCAACCAGCUUAUUCAUGGGGCCUGCUCGAUUUGCCAAUCACGAUUGCGACGCGAAUGCCCGGCUCGUUACUUGCGGCCAGGCAGGGAUUGAGAUCAUCGCAUGCAGGGACAUUGGCGUGGGCGAGGAGAUCACAGUCAGCUACAGCGAGAGUUACUUUGGAGAGGACAAUUGCGAGUGCUUGUGCCAGACGUGCGAGGCGAGACAGGUCAAUGGCUGGAAGCAAGAUGAGGGGGGCACUUCGGUGAAGAGAAGCAUCGAGGAUGAUUUGGCGGCGUCACAGGGCUACUCUUUCCGGCGGAGGUUGAGAGACGAGAGUGUGGCAGGUUCAGGCUCUCGAACUCCGUCCGUCACCCCGGAUAUCCGCCCCAGGGUCCUCAAGAAACGGGGAAGCCAGAUGGUUCUGAGCGACAGGCAGUCAACAGCGGAAUCGACGGAGGGCUCAGGCCCGGGGCGCAAACGAGGUGCGACAGCGCUCGGAACCCCGCCCAUCACUCCGGCUAAGCGCCUCAAAACUAUGCAAUAUGAUCUGCCACCUACAACAUCCGGGUCGCCAAUUUCGAGAAGCAGCUCGGAAUCUGAACUUUCGCGUAGUCCACUUGCAUCUGAAGCCGGCAGCGCCAAUCUCACCGACGUCACGACCCCCGCUUCAGACUCGGCAGAUGGGCUCAUUCUUUCACCUGAGCCGACGCCUAUCAAGCAGGCGAUCGAAAUCCUAAGAAACGAGCAGCCUACCGCUGAGAUAGACGUACAGCAACUGCCCGGGUCGAUCUCCCCAGUGCCCCAAAAGUCGUACGGCUUCCCAACAAUUCUCCCCACCACCGAGGUGACCCCUCCGGCCGAAGAACUGAACAACACAGAAGCGACGAAAGCGACUCCUCCAGUAGAAGAGGUGGUUCCAGUGCCACCACCCAGUGAUGCGGCCGCUCCGACAACGCCGGUAGGAAAGGCGAAGGGUUCCAAGAAGCGCCAGGCCGCUCAGCAACGGUCACCACGACCGGCACAAAAGCGUCGUGUGCCAGGAGAUUACACCCUCACACCCUUACUUCUCUCAGAGCCCGAGACUGCCUGGAUCCACUGCACCAACUGCAACACUGCAUUUGUUCAAAAAGACGCCUACUUUACGAGAGCCAAUUGCCCACGUUGCGAGCGCCACUCCAAGCUUUACGGCUACGUCUGGCCCAAGACCCAGCCAGCAGGCAAGAACGAUAAAGAAGAACGCAUUCUGGAUCACCGUGUCGUCAACCGUUUCCUGGAUCCAGAGGACGAGGCGAGGGCGCGGGGGAAGAAGGGCUGGCGGGCAGGCUCACAAAGAGAGUCGACGAUGGACACCGAAGGGGGAAGCAACCCACCCCAGCGGGGUAGGGCCAGAAUCAGAGAGAGUUUGGUCCCGAAGGCGGAAGGGGCAACCGCUGCUGCUCUCGAUGGAGUUCGGCGGAGUGGGCGGGCUCGUAGGGCGAGCGCAAAGGUUAUUGGGGAUGCAUAA